ACGUUCUCGUUCAGUGAAUUUUGUUCUGCAAUUAUAUUGAAUUUCCUCCUCUAUUUAUCAUACAAAGUGCUUCAAGAUGACAGAUUACUGGAAGUCCAAUGACCGCAAAUACUGCGACUUUUGCCAAUGCUGGAUUGCGGACAAUAAACCUAGCAUUCAAUUUCACGAAAGUGGUCGCCGCCAUAAGCAGAAUGUCCAGAAACGUAUUUCGGACAUCAGUCGGAACAGCUACAAGGCUCAGAAGGAGCAAAGCAAAGUGGACACCGAAAUGCGAAAGAUGAACGAUGCCGCUAUGAAGGCCUACAUGCAGGACAUCACAGCAGGAGCGGAUAUAAGUUCCCGGGCGCUGGCAGAACAGCAGAAGGCAGAAGCUGCCGCAGCGGCGGCUGCCAUCGGAGAAGCGGAAGCCACAGCCGGGCCCAGUGUAGGUCCAAGGGUUCCCAAGAAGAAGAUUGGCCGCGAAGCAGACCCCUUCUACAUUCCGGGUGACUUUAGUGACGAAGAGGGACCAGCAAAUAGUAAGGCGACUGCGGCUGCCAUAGUAGAAGCGGCCAAAAAGAAGCGCCUCGAAGAAAUCAGCCAAAUGGGACACGGAUCGCUUUGGGUCGAAGCGGUGACUGACGAAGGAUACACCUAUUAUUGGCACAUCAAGACAAACGAAUCGGUCUGGGAACCACCGAAGGAAGGCUUUAUGAAGAAAGAGGAGUAUUCGAAAAUUUCAUUGGUGGUACAGCAGAAGCAAGAGGAAGCCCUGAAGCAGGAGGUGAAGUAUGAGGUAGAUAAUGCUCAGGAGAUUGCGGCCAAGUUGAAACGUGAACAAAUGGCUAAAAUGUUCGAACACAAUCGACGGGUAAAGGAGGAAAUCGAAACGAUCACAGACCACAAAAAGCAGAAGCAGGAGGAGGAUGCGGCUCUGGAUGCUGCUGCCGGACCGUACGGGAGAUGGCAGUCGGUUGUCCACAGGGAAGAACGACCAGUCGAUUUGGGACUACCCACCGUUCCUGAACCUCUGUACGUUCCGAGUGCAGCGCCAGAAGUCCCGGAGAAAAAGUUCAAGGAGAAGGUAAUCAGCCACAUUCCGGCGGAUGAGAAAAGCGUCCUCAACGAUACAUUCUUCAAGAAGCGAAAAGUGAACCGUAGCGCCCGGCAAAGGUUGGACGUUGAUUGAUGAGCUU